UCCCAGUAUUGGUGAACUAUGUUAAAAAUAAAGUUGUUGUGAACAGAAGUCUUCGGCAUAGUAGGUUUGGUAAUGUUGUGUACUGCGCAGCUGCUAGGUUACACCGCGCGAGGCGACACUCCCUCAUUCCGCCGCGAGCUGGACCGACUGAAGGAUACACCGGAACUUCAGCCUGUACGGCUGUCACAGUUUUAAAUUGGGGUUCGGUCCAAUAUGGCGGCAGACGGAUGGAAAUACUGAUGACAGUCCGAAAGAUCGCCUCGAUUUGUACGAUGGGCGCCAAUGCCUCUGCUUUGGAAAAGGAGAUUGGACCGGAACAGUUCCCUGUUAAUGAACACUACUUUGGGCUGGUCAAUUUUGGCAACACCUGCUACUGUAACUCAGUGCUGCAGGCACUGUACUUUUGCCGGCCCUUCCGGGAGAAAGUGCUGGCCUAUAAGGUCCAGCCGCGAAGGAAAGAGAGCCUGCUCACCUGCCUGGCUGACCUCUUCAACAGCAUUGCAACUCAGAAGAAGAAAGUGGGAGUAAUUCCACCAAAGAAGUUCAUCUCCAGGCUGAGGAAGGAAAAUGAGCUGUUUGACAACUACAUGCAGCAAGAUGCACACGAAUUCCUCAACUACUUGCUCAACACCAUUGCAGACCUGCUACAGGAGGAAAAGAGCCAGGAGAGACAGCAGAAUGGAAAGGUAGUACAGAAUGGUGGAAGUGGAGGAGGAGGAGGAGGUGGAAGCGGUAGCAGCACAGGAGAAGGGGAAACGGAGGAAAAGACCCAGCAGACAUGGGUGCACGAGAUCUUCCAAGGCACACUGACCAAUGAGACACGGUGCCUGAACUGUGAAGCGGUGAGCAGUAAAGAUGAAGACUUCCUAGAUCUUUCAGUGGACGUGGAGCAGAAUACCUCCAUCACACACUGUCUUAGGGGUUUCAGCAACACAGAGACCUUAUGUAGUGAAUACAAGUACUACUGUGAGCAAUGCAGAAGUAAACAGGAGGCUCAGAAAAGGAUGCGAGUGAAGAAAUUACCCAUGAUCCUUGCCCUGCACCUAAAGCGCUUUAAGUAUAUGGACCAGCUUCAUCGUUAUACCAAGCUCUCUUAUCGUGUAGUCUUCCCUCUGGAGCUGAGGCUCUUUAACACCUCUGGUGAUGCUACCAACCCUGAUCGAUUGUACGACCUGGUGGCUGUAGUGGUGCAUUGUGGGAGUGGUCCAAAUCGAGGUCAUUAUAUCACUAUAGUGAAGAGCCAUGGCUUCUGGCUUCUGUUUGAUGAUGACAUUGUAGAGAAAAUAGAUGCCCAAGCGAUCGAGGAAUUCUACGGUCUGACAUCGGACAUCUCCAAAAACUCUGAGUCAGGGUAUAUACUCUUCUACCAGUCUAGAGACUGAGCCAGCAGGAGUGACUGACAGAAUGGGAGGGUGUGAUUUGUGAGAGACAGGAUCGGGCAGAUAGGGAGGCUUGGGCUUUGUUGACACAGCUCGGCCCCCUGCUCCAUCCCCUCUCAGUCAAGUCCCUUUUCAUCCAGGCUUAUCAGUGGAGCUUUGCACCGGAGCAUCAGUCAGGCCCCAGACAGGAGCAGUUGAUGCCAGAGUGACCUGGACACAGCACAGUAAUCACCAGGCAGAAGUAAUCGCCGUCUGGUUCGCCGUCGUCUCACUCGCCUGCUUUGUGUUGCUCGGCACACACAAAAACGCACAAAUACACAUGUGAAAUGAGCUACACAUACAUCUUGAUGGCCUGAGAAUGGACACUGUACAAACUUUUUUUUCCCCACCACACACAGUAACAAGGUUCAUUUCGAUAAUCUGGUUCACUUCACAUUCGCUGGGUGGUGUGUCGUGAUUUAUGUUUUGGCACAAUGUCACGAUCAGUCCAGAAAGCCGCACGACGAUUCUUCACCCUCCGAUGUUUAUCUGCAGUGUCAAACGUGACACAUCAUGCUACAUCCGUGUUAACCAGCUAGUUAUAAAUGUGUUUUAUGCAGAACCAGUAGCUCAUGUUGUCAUUGUAGUAGAGCUGCUCCACCUGAAUGGAUAAACCUGACCAGAUUUAAAUUAUCUUGAAGGGGAUGAGCUUUUUUGUGUCAAGAACUUGACUAGUGAUUUCAUGUAGGGCCUGUGGAUUGAUGGGUGCUCUGCUCUUUUAAGCAGAGAGGAUUGUGGAUACCACAGUAGUGCUUGUAUAACGGAUGUAGCUUGGCUUAAGAAUGCUCUUUCAGUAUUCCAUGAAUGUGAAACAUUCUGCCAGUUCUUGUGCACUGCAAGUGAGUGUACAGCUUGAUUGUGUCAUAUAGUGCACACUUAAUAGUGCACAAACUGUAAAGCGUAACGGAUGGAGAUAGAAAUUAGAGCUUUAUAUUAUUCUGAAUAUAAGUUAAAGCUCAUAAAUGAAACCAAAAGCUGCACACAUUUCCAGUCAUGUUUCAUUAACACUGUGGCGCUGUGAGAUUGUCUGAAAUGAAUGUGGACUCAUUCAGUUUAGCCAUUAAACAGUAGAAAUGUUGGGUAAUUCAAACAUAAUGUGGCUCUGCACUCCAUUAUAAAGUCUCCUGAUUCAUUAAGAAUUGACUGCAUCUAUUCUGUUUAAUCUCAUUAACUCUUCUCUAGAUCUCUAUUGUCGUCUCUGCCCUCUUAAUUAAUAACAUUUCAACUCAGUAUAGACCUAGAUGGGAAGUGAAGCACAGCCAAUGCCGAAGUGCAGUCUUAGAUCGGUCUGUAAGUGUCAGGUUUAAGCUGUGACUUGGCUUAGUAAUAGUUAGAUUGGUUAAGGGGACUCAGUAAAGGAUUGUUUCUAGCUUGUGAUGUUGCACGGCCAGAAGGACUUCUCCCAGUUCACUCAUAGCUAGUAAAUAUUUACAAGACAACUAGACCACCCUGCAAUUAGUCAAGAUUUAUAGGCAAAAAAUAAACGCACCCAGCAAGAUUAGGUAUUGAGGUCUUGUAAGGCGAGCUACCGCAGUAAAAUAUUCCAAUUUUGCUUGAAAGAGUUCAAAACACAGUUGCCUAGCCUGUUGGUCCUAAUCUACUCCUCUCCCAACCCAAUACUUGUGACUAAAAUGGAUGGUAUAAGAUUGAAAAAGUGAUUGGUUUUUUUCAUUUCAGGUUUCCUUUGUAAAUUACACUGGUUUUAUUUGAUUGUUGGUUUGACAAAAAUGCGCUUUAAUCUGUGAGGGGUCAAAACUGACAGUGCUGCUGAUUAUUAUUCCAUUCAUCCUGUAAAGUCUACUUGGUAUCAAUGCAUGCGUGGCAUACCAACUCUUUACAUUGUUAUAAAGCAUGUAUAAAGGUCUUAUAAACAAGACGUCACAAUGUCUGUAAAGAGGUUUAAGCUUCUCGCUGGUCAGUUAACCUGCUGGCAUUGCGUGUCUUAAGUAGACUGAGCUAUAUGUUGAAAUAAACUGACAUAUGGUGCCAUGUCAUGUAAAUUACACAUUUACACAUGCUAUGUAAGAGUGUUUGUAGAUGUGUUGUCAUCAUCAGUUGAAUUCAGGCUUGUCCAAGCUGAGUUAACUGGAUAUUUUAUUUUUGAAAUUGGCUCGUGAUCUAGUAGUUACGGGGGAAGGAAUGUUUCUUUUAUUUGGGCUCUUUUAUUUCAUGAUUUUAUUUAUGUGUAAUUAUAAAUGUUAUAUUAACUUUUCUUUGACAUUCUCAUUUUUAUACAUUUGCUAAUUUGUCCCUUAUUUGGACACCAGGUUUGUUGUGUUAUGUGAAGAGAGAGUUGAAACAAAAAUGUAAGGGUGAUAAUGUUGGAAUUACCAGAUUAAUGCUGCAAACUUGAGAAACAGUUAAUGCACUGAUCACAGUAACAGCAUCCUGAGUGUUUUGGCAUUAGAAGACAGACAUAGACUACAUCAAAACAUGAGACAAACACAAGCUAAUGCUACGUCAAGCUAACGUUAGCUGUGUUUCAUCCGCCCUAUCCCAUAACAUUGUAAUAAUGUUUAUUCCAUACUGGGCUUGAAAAAAGUGCACUUUCGAUAAAGCAAUGUACAAAUUGUAAACCAGGUGAAUAAUCUGGUUUUGGAGUGGAGUGGACAGCGUGGAUGAAAGAUGGGACUGGAUCACCCUGUCCCAAAUAAAAACAAACAAAAACACA